AUGGCGAUCAAGUUUUGCGUUAAACUUGGCAAGACCGCGGCGGAAACUCUUCCAAUGAUCAAGACAGCUUUUAAAGAAAAUGUCCUGCCGGAUCAGCAAGUGUUCCGGUGGCACAAGGUUUUUUUGGAAGGCCGGGAAGAGGUCGACGACGAAACCCGCGCCGGACGGCCAUCGACGAGCACCACGGACGACAAUGUGACGCGAGUGAAAGAACUUUUGAACACAGACCGACGAUUAAAUGUCCGUUUACUGUCACAGUUAUUAGACAUUCCGAAAACUAUUGUUCAUGAGAUCAUUAGGAACAAUUUGAACAUGCGGAAGAUGUGCGCAAAGAUGGUCCCAAAAGUGUUCACCGAUGAACAAAAAUUGCGCCGCGUUAAAACGUGCCGAGAAAAUUUGGAUAUGUGCGAAAGUGAUCCCGAGUUUUUGAACAACGUCAUUACUGAUGACGAAUCUUGGGUAUUUGAGUACAACCCGGAGACGAAAAGACAAUCAUCAGAGUAG